AUGUCUGACUAUUAUGAAAUGAAAGCUAACACUGCGCAGCGAUAUGAAGCUGUGCAUCGUCGAAGUAGAAGAAGCUCUACUCGUGAAGCUGAGAACAAAAUUAUUCACUGCCCACAUGGGUCAGAUUCUGACUGCGAAUGUGUGCAGAAUUCAGAUAUAGAUAAAGAUCGUCUACUGACCGAUAAACAAGAAAAAAUAGCAGCAGCGUCCCUUAUACGAAGUGAAAUGGAAAAACUUAAAGUAAUUGACAGGCCACGAUAUAAACUGCUUACCAAGAUUAUCAAAAGUUCUGAAAAGGAGAAGGAUAAAUACAUUGGACUUUAUGAAGAAGAAUAUGGCUCUCUUCUAUCCAAAAACAGAUUAGAAUUCAUCAACUCUGAUCAAUAUAGAGAUUCCAAACAGAUGACAAUGAAUGGUACAGUAACGUGGUUUCAUCCUCGGAAAGGCUUUGGCUUUAUCACUCCAGAUAACGGUGGCGAGGAUGUUUUUGUACACUUUUCUGAUAUCCAAGUCAGCGGAUUUAAAACCUUGAGUGAAGGACAAAAGGUUUCCUUCGACAAAAAGAAUGGCCUCAAAGGCCCAUUUGCAGCAAAUGUCCAUCCUGAAUAA